UAGAAAACCCCCCUAUACUUUACCUUAACGUCUCUCAAGCCCCUCUAAAUAAGGGUUUUUCUCUCUCUUCACCACCUUACAUAAGAGACUGUACACUCCACUCUCAUCUUCUCUCCUCCCUGAGAGAGGAAACACAAAUUUCUCUCUAGAAAUCUAUAUAUAUUUGUUAUAUAUUGAUCACUUUUAGGUUUCCUUUGAGAAAAGCUUUGUGUGUUGAGAUUGGACGGCGCAGAGUUUUCCGAUUUGCGAGUUAUGCAGGCUGAUCAGACAGUGUUGAGCUUGAGACCAGGUGGCGGCGCGCGCGGCGGUAGAGUGAUCGGCCCUCGAUUUGAUUCUCCAUCGGCGAAUUCCGAUCUCCCCCUGCUGCGUCCUCAUGGCGGUGCCACUGUAUCUUCUCUCCCUUCUUUCAAGACUGGAGAGUCUAGGUUUGAUGGCCAUGAACGUAUCCGCUAUUCUAGAGACCAGCUGAUGCAGUUAAGGGAGGCUGUUAGCAUCCCUGACGAUAUUCGUAAAGUGAAACAAGAAGUUGAAGUUGAAUUUUUUGGUUCGGAUCCUAGCUGGAGUCGUGGAGACAAUAAUCCCCCUACUCAAUCCCAGAGUCGUUAUACUGAACCGGACAACGGUGACUGGCGUAAUCGAUCUGCACAAUUUCCUGCCUCGACAGAGGAGAGGUCAUGGGAGGCAAUAAGGGACAGAGACUUUGGUGGGCGAUUUGACCCUAGGCAACAGGAUGCAAAUCAAUUCAAUAAGCAAGACCAAUUCAACUCUCAGUUUUCAAGAGCUCAAAUCUCGUCCAACCAAGGGGCGGGAAAUGCUGCUCUAAUAAAAGCUGAUGUACCAUGGUCCGCUCGAAGGGGAACUCUGUCCGACGAGGACCGUGUUUUAAAGACAGUAAAGGGCAUACUGAAUAAGCUUACUCCUGAGAAAUUUGAUGUUCUAAAGGGCCAAUUGAUCGACUCUGGAAUAACAUCAGCAGAUAUUUUGAAGGGAGUUAUCUCCUUGAUAUUUGACAAGGCUGUCCUGGAGCCAACCUUCUGUCCAAUGUAUGCCCUGCUGUGCUCGGACCUUAACGAAAAGCUUCCUCCCUUCCCAUCAGAUGAGCCCGGCGGAAAAGAAAUUACAUUUAAACGUGUUCUCUUGAACAACUGCCAAGAGGCUUUUGAAGGUGCUGAUAAAUUGAGGGAAGAGGUCAGGCAGAUGACUGCCCCCGCGCAGGAGCAGGAACGAAGGGAUAAAGACCGUUUGGUCAAACUCCGCACACUUGGGAAUAUCCGCUUGAUUGGAGAACUUCUUAAGCAGAAGAUGGUUCCGGAAAAGAUCGUUCAUCAUAUUGUUCAGGAACUAUUGGGACAAGACACUAAGAUCUGCCCGGCCGAAGAAAACGUGGAGGCCAUCUGCCAAUUCUUUGUCACCAUCGGCAAACAGCUCGACGAGAACAAAAAAUCCAAGCGCAUCAAUGACAUUUACUUCAACCGUUUGAGAGAUUUGUCGACAAACCCUCAACUCGUCGCCCGGUUGAGAUUCAUGGUCCGAGAUGUCCUCGACCUUCGCUCCAAUAACUGGGUCCCCAGACGUGAGGAGGUGAAAGCUAAAACCAUUACUGAGAUUCACUCGGAGGCUGAGAAGAAUCUCGGGCUACGACCUGGCGCUACAGCUGUCAUCCGCAACAGCCGAACCAUCUCCUCUGGUGGGCCCGGCAACUUCAGCCCCGUUGGCUUCCCGAUGAACCGAGCUGGCCUGGGUGGCAUGAUGCCCGGAAUGCCUGGCUUGGACAAUGACAGCUGGCAAGUCCCCCGCUCUCGAUCAAUGCCCAGACCUCCGGCCGCCAACUCCCAGACAUCUGGCCGGAUUCAGUCACCACUCGUCGGAAAAUCCCCCGCCGGUGGCCCAUUUAGACCGGCAGCUCCGGCGCCGGUGGCUGAAAAGUCGAACCCUAAGGAGCUCAAGAAGAAAACAGUCUCGCUUCUCGAGGAGUAUUUUAGCGUGAGGCUUCUAGAUGAGGCCUUGCAGUGUGUUGAGGAGUUAAAGUCCACGGCUUAUCAUCCGGAAGUAGUGAAGGAGGCGAUAUUAAUCGGGCUGGAAAAAAGCCCGCCACUUGUCAAGCAAGUGGUGGAACUCGUCGAGUAUUUGCUCAAGAAGAAGGUGAUUAAUUCGAGCGAUGUUGCUAAUGGAUGCCAGCUGUAUGCAGCCUCGCUCGACGACAUUGCAAUCGAUUUGCCGAAAGCGCCGGGCAAUUUUGGCGAGAUUGUUGGGAAUCUGGUUUUGGCUGGAGGAUUGGAGUUUAAGGAUGUGAGGGAGAUUUUGGGGAAAGUGGGUGAUGAUUAUUAUCGGAAGGCGAUAUUUGAUGCGGCUGUGAAGAUUGUUGGGAAGGAGAUGCUCGACUUGCAGGCGAGUCUGUUUUAGGAUUACGGUCUUCUCGUGUGGCUCGGUUAGAAAAUUCGUGAAUCGAACGCGAAAUAUUUAUACGUGUUUUGGAUUCGUUUUAAUGCUUUGUCGGCUGCUGUAUAUUUUUUUUGGUUCUUUCAGGUGUCAUAGUUCAAUGUGUUCUCCAUUAGAGAGUAAGAAGACAGCUAUUUACCACACAUAAGAAAGAUUUUGGUUCUGAAAGGUCCCUUUGUUGAGGGCCGGGUUGUUUUGUAUUUUAUUAGUUUUUGAUUUUUUUUUUUUUUAUUUAUUUUUUGCCUUGUAUCACUUUGAUUAAAUUUUGGUUAAAUUUGUGAGCCGUAAUUUGCAACUGAGCGACAGUUCUGAAGAGAAGAAUGUUAUGGGGUAUUGUUGUUUCUGCUUUGUAUAUAGUGAAGUUGGCUUCAUUAUAUAAUAUAGUUUAUAUCCUAACAAUANUUUACUUUGCAACAUAAAAUAUUUUUUUCAACCUGAACUACUUUAUGAGCAUUCAUAAUUUGCAAUCUCUCUCGUGCAUAUUGAUCAUAUAAUCAUCCACAAAAAAACACAUGUGCUUGGAAAGAAGUGUAUAUUUAUUUUCUUCCUUUUGGUUUUGGA